UGGACUCUCAAUCCCGGCGGCGGCGCCUGUUAAUCUUUGGAAACCGCCCAAAAUAGGUCUCUUCCAUCUUUCACACAAAAACACACUAAAAUCGAGAAAUGGCCGUGGUACAAAUGAAUUUCCUACAGUGCCCCUCGUUUUCAAUUUCAUAUUUCUCAUCAUCACCAUCUACUGCAAAUAAUCGCGUUCCUGUGAAAUUUACAGUUUCUUGUAGCUCCGUUGCGUCUCCAGUCACUGUUGUUAACGGAAAUGUAGAUAAGAGCCCAUCAGAGAGAAAUGAAGUUCGGCUCGGUUUGCCGAGCAAAGGCCGAAUGGCAACUGAUACUCUCGAACUUCUCAAGGAUUGCCAAUUAUCAGUGAGGCAGGUGAAUCCAAGACAGUAUGUCGCUGAAAUUCCUCUGUUUUCAAAUCUAGAAGUUUGGCUUCAAAGGCCAAAAGACAUUGUGAGAAAAUUGGUUUCUGGAGAUUUAGACCUUGGUAUUGUCGGCCUUGAUACAGUUGCAGAAUAUGGGCAGGGAAAUGAAGAUCUCAUCCUUGUCCAUGAUGCUCUUGAGUAUGGAGAUUGUCAUUUAUCUUUAGCGAUACCCAAGUAUGGCAUUUUUGAGAACAUAAACUCUUUGAAAGAGCUAGCACAGAUGCCUCAGUGGACACCUGAAAGACCUCUGAGAGUUGCUACUGGCUUCACAUAUUUGGCUCCAAAGUUUAUGAAAGAUAAUGGAUUGAAGCAUGUCACUUUUUCAACCGCUGAUGGAGCCCUGGAGGCAGCUCCUGCUAUGGGAAUAGCUGAUGCUAUUGUGGACCUUGUGAGCAGUGGAACAACGUUGAGAGAAAAUAAUUUGAAAGAAAUUGAAGGUGGAGUAAUCUUAGAGAGUCAGGCGGUCCUUGUUGCUAGCAGAAAAUCAUUGAUCCAGCGAAAAGGCGUGCUAGAUAUAACUCAUGAAAUGCUUGAAAGACUGGAGGCACAUUUGAGGGCUGCUGACCAAUUCAUGGUAACAGCAAACAUGAGAGGAAGCAGUGCAGAGGAAGUGGCCGAGCGAAUACUCAGCCAAACUUCUUUAUCUGGGUUGCAGGGACCCACUGUCAGCCCAGUUUUUGUUAAACGCAAUGGGAAAGUGAUGGCAGAUUAUUAUGCCAUAGUUAUUUGUGCGCCAAAGAAAGAAUUGUACAAGUCUGUUCAGCAGCUUAGGGCGCUUUUGCCCCUUCAUUACGACAAGUAGAAAGGUGGGGAGAUUCGUUUGUUGAGAUUGGUGGACAAGCUAUUGAAACAUUUCACAUUUUUCAUUAUUUCUAUUUUUCGGUUGCGUCAGAACCUUUAAUCAUUGUCCAAGAUAGAUCUAUAUGUCAUUUUUCUACUCCUGCAAACGUUUUAUCAUGUGGAACAGUUUCGUCUGUUUUUCAU